AUGUCCCUCUUUCGUGUCGUUCUCUGUGGCGGAUACCAUAUUCCAGGACCAGCACUGGCAUCCAGACUGGUGGUGGCACCAGCUUCUGAACUGGAGCCAGCUGUAGUGCCACCGCUAGAGCCUGAGCUGUCCCUCGCACCUGCUCUGGAGCUGCAGCCGGCUCUCUCACAGGCCCUGGAGCUGGAGCCAGCUGCUGUGCCUGCUCCUGCACUACAGCCUUCCUGGUCUUUGCCUGGAGCCACAGAGAAUGGACUAGAUGAGAAGCCGCACCUCCUGCUGUUCCCUCCAGAUCUGGUGGCCGAGCAGUUUACACUGAUGGACGCUCAACUGUUCAGGAAAGUGGUGCCCUACCACUGCCUGGGCUCCGUCUGGUCACAGCGGGACAAGAAGGGCAAGGAGCACCUCGCACCUACCGUCCGUGCCACUGUCGCCCAAUUCAACAACGUGGCCAACUGUGUCAUUACUACCUGCCUCGGUGACCAGAGCAUGAAGGCCCCAGACAGGGCCCGGGUGGUGGAAUACUGGAUCGAGGUGGCCAGGGAAUGCAGAGUGCUCAAGAACUUCUCCUCCCUCUUCGCCAUCCUCUCUGCUCUACAGAGCAAUGCCAUCCACCGCCUAAAGAAGACAUGGGAAGAGGUCUCCACGGACAGUUUUCGAGUGUUCCAGAAGCUGUCAGAGAUUUUCUCUCAUGAGAACAACUACUCCCUGAGCAGAGAGCUGCUCACCAAGGAGGGAACCUCCAAGUUUGCCACGCUGGAAAUGAACCCUAGGAGAGCCAUCCAGGGAACUGUCCCCUACCUGGGCACAUUCCUCACUGACCUGGUGAUGCUGGACACUGCCAUGAAGGACUAUCUGUAUGGGAGACUCAUCAACUUUCAAAAGAGA